AUGUACAUUGUGGAAAGUUUCAUCUCAUUAUUAAGAAGAACAUUCUUUACCCCAUUAGGGGCCUUAAUCUUAAGACUAAAUGAAGACUAUAUUGUAAAGCAAAAACCACCUGCGCGGUUACAAACAACCACCUCAAGCCCCCCAGUAGAGAGAAAAUCAACUAUCUAUGUUUCAAAGGGUUGUGAUGACUACAAAACAAAAGAUAAAAGAGUUUAUUCUCUAGUUGCUGAAUUACCACCACCAGAAAGUGGUUUAAAUAUAAAAGUAUUGGAUAAAUUCAAUUCUUCUACAUUUUACCAACAAUUGGUUCACAACUGGCCAUUAUCUCAACUCACAAUAUUAUUCGUUUUAUGUAUUGUAAUAAUUAUCUGGAAGAAAAGUAACAAAGGAAGAAGAUCAAAAUGGAAAGGGUCUUCUAAAAGACAUAAUAAAUUGACUUUAGUUCCUUACACCCAACCCAAAGUUUUAGAUUCCCCAUUGACAGAUAACAUCACCAUCAAGUCCAAGGUUGUUGGAUUCAGUUGGAAUAUCCCAAUAGAAGUAAUAGAAAGCUCACAAGCUGCGUUAGUUGAAGGGUCCCCAAAUAUCGUCCAAGUUCAGAGUUCUGCAGAAUCUUUUCUGAAAAAGUCGAAACAAGAGUCUUUGGUUGAUCUAUAUAGGUUUGAAGAACCUCAAAGCGCUCUGUCUUUAGCUUCAUGCUGUUCGCUUUUAGGGGGAAGGGAAUUUAAAAUGACGAAACCCACCAAGAAACUUUUAUUUGGUGCAUAUUCACCAGAGUGUUAUUUGGAAGAAAUAUAUGGCAGAUUUCCACACUUGGAAUCUAGCGAAGAUGAACUUAACGAUCUUUUUGAAGAUAUACUUUCAUUACUGGAACUUUCUAAGUCAGAAAUAAAUGAUUCUAUUGAAAUGGAAUUUACUGAAGUCAAUGAAGGUAAUUCAAAAGAGCUCCAUAUAAAGUUAAGGAAAAUUCUACAGUAUCAAUACAAUGGAGGGAACGAAAAAGUGUCUUAUACUAUAAAUGUAUACUUGAAAAUAUUCGAAAGUUCUCUACCAACAUAUCUAAAUACAUUACAUACCCGGAAGAGAAAUUUAAAUACCAAAAGACUACUCUUGUUGAUAUGUGAUUAUUUUUCAUAUUCUACCAAUAACCCUAACAUGGAUCAUUUCAAUUCCUACGUUCAGUCAUUAUUUGAAUAUUGCAAAAUUGGACUGUUACGGAAACUUGCAACCAAGGCAGCAUGCAUUUCGUUUGCAGCUCUCAAUCCUUCGAUGCUAGAAGAUACCUUGUUGGUGCUUGUUAAACAGAGUUUUACUAAUGAUCAAAAUGUGCAUCAGAUUAUCUCACUUGGAUGUAUUAAAUACUACCUUUGUGUUAAUAAGGAUUCAUUAAUUGAUAAUGAUUGCAUAAUUGAUUUACUAAUUCAAAUAUUGGACAUCAUGUUAUCUUCUCCACCAAACCCAUCCAAAAUAGUUGGACCUUCACUUUUAAUUGAAGCCAUUGAUACUUACCUUGUAAUAUUAGAGAUAUUUACUGGUAUGUCACUUGUUAUCAAUGAAAGGUUAACUACCUUAAAAUCGAAAUUGGAAUGCUUGUUACAAGUCAAUUCAAAGUUGGUACUGAAUUUGGAGGAAUAA